AUGAGCAUCCGACAAUAUCAAGUGUCAGCGGAUGUGGACCCAAAAGCCUAUCAGUACAAGUCUAUUGAUCCCAACAAACAAAUUCGCAUAGUCGAGCUACUUCCUGGAAAGUUCCACGCUCCGAUCGAGCUUAAAAUCACCGAGGAAGAUCUGAACGCUGAAUAUGACGCCCUAUCGUAUACCUGGGGUGACCACAACAGCAGAGUUUCCAUUUCGAUUAAGGUCGACAAUCUGGAAGACACAAAGUCAAUCAAUGUCACGCGGAAUCUGAAUGCGCUGUGCAUCAAUCAAAAGGACAGUGCAGAAAAGGCACACCAAGUGGCCAUGAUGACCCAGAUCUACAAGAACGCAGACCAAGUCAGAAUCUGGCUUGGACCUGAAGCCGAUGGUAGCGAUUUGGCCAUGCAGACACUGAGGAGAGGGGGCGACAAAAUGCUCGGCGAAGAUCUGAUGGGCAAGAAAAAUAAUAGAACUCGACGGGCUCUCGAAGCACUUCCCCGUAGAGACUACUGGACUAGAGUUUGGGUCGUGCAGGAAAUUUUCAUGGCUCGCUCUAUCAAGAUCCACUGUGGCAAGUUUGAGGUGGACUGGAACUCUGCAGCAGAAGUCUUCCCGGAGUUCUUGAAAGCCCGUGCUGAUUUACUGGUCCGCAACAUAUCACAGGAUGAUAUACGGCGGGAGCAGGAGAGGCGGCGGGAGCAGAAUCGGCGGCGGGAGCGGCUGGAGCGGGAGCGGACGACGGCCGUCCAUCGUAAUAGAGGACCGCGCGUCUUGGCGGCCGCACCCGAUGAUGAUAGUCUCUCCUUCAACGAGACGGCGGCGCCACAGCAUAUCGCCAAGCAGCACGCCGCGGGCGCCGCCUCCAAGAAGAUCAACCUCUCCUCCCGCAAGACCGGAGGUCUAUAUCACAAUACAAACGAUCAGAUCCUUGAAGCUCUCGAGGCUGUUGUGAAUGGCGGUUCAGAUCAGUCGAAUUACGAGUUCAGGAGAAAGUCGUACCGCAGGCGCUUUGCAGUUUUUGAGCGUUGCGUGGAGCACAAGAGGCCCAAAGACGACGAGCCCCCCAAGGAUGACGAGGUCCCAAAGGAUAACACAGAAAAGCUUAUGGCAAUGGUUCCUGAAGAUGCAAAGAAGGGAGAUAGCCUUUAUCAGCUUGGGAGCUGCGAGUACUGGGUUCUUUUGCGCCCAAUCGUCAUCGAAGUCCCUUGCUUUCACUUCGUGGGGCCAGUUUACCUUGCCGAAACGCCCUCAUGGCUCAAAGGCAACAAAAACACCCCGAAAUGGAUCUCGCUUCACUGA